AUGAGACCAUGCGCGGCGCUGCGAGGUAGCACUGCUAUCCACAGCCCCUCACGUAUCUUGCGUACACAAUGGCAGCCCUACAGUUCCCGGGCCGAGGCGUCGCAACAGGCGAGCCCGGUGGCCACGGCCGCUGACGACCAGACACCAGCUGCGCCUUUUCACAUAGACCAUGAGUCGAAGACGAUCAAGACGGCGGUUGGCGACCUUCCCCUGUCCCCUGUCAUGGAUCCGACGUUCUGGGAGGCACGCGACCGCUUCAAGAAGAUGAAGCCGAAACCGGGCAAACCACAGAACGUCUUCGAGAGGGAAUUCCGGAAGAACCCUUUUGCACAGGCUCUAGCCACCCCGGUGCGCCAUGACAUGACGACACAAACACGCCUGCCCAGCUUCUUCUUCCAGGACUUCAAGCUCAUCACACACCCGGAGACGGGCAAGCCGUGGUGGGUGCCGCGGAGCCUUGCGCUGCACGAGCCCCCGACGGCCACCGAGUCCCCCGAAUAUUCCGAGAACAUGGGGGAACCGGCCGAGGAGGACACGGGAGUCACGGGCAGCGGCGACGUAGCUCCCAAGGCAACGGCUGCUGCGACAGGCCUGAUUCCGAAACCCGGCAGCGCCUUUGCGCCCUCGGGAUAUGUCCUGGCCAGGCAAGACUUGAUCAAGUCCGUGCUCGACCGCAAGUCUCGCAAUUUCAACCUUCACCGGCGAUUGCUUGCACAGACAUCAACUAGACACAAGCCUGUAGGAGGCACCGCUGUGUGGCGGGAGGACAUGGAUACACUGAUACUCGACCAGAUGCGCCAGCAGAUCGUCCAGAAUGUCCUGUACCUCUCGCAGAUGUGUGAGACUGCGAACCGGUAUUACAUUGUGCGGUGCUUUGGCUGGGACGACAUCAAGUUCAAGCAUCGAGGUGCGGUCCUGUGGUUCGGUCGUGAAGCCGGCGAGGAGACCGGGAAUGAUGUUGUCAAGCCUGGCCGCUUUGCCACUUAUGACUUUGAGACUUCGGGAGGUGCCGCCAAGACCAGUGUUCUAGUUCACAACAUGCCCAUGCUCCUGGGAGAUCAGUACUCCGAACAGCUGCGACGGGAGGCCGGCGUCUUCAAGGAAGGGUCACUCUUCAUGCUUGCGGGGCGGAGAACCACAGACUUGCAGUUGAUGCUCUGGAAACUUCAGGGGUACCUGUCGGACUCGAGCAAAUCGUGA